UUAAUCCGAACUGACUCAAAAUGUGAAUCAACUUCUUAUCAUUCAAUAAAUACGUAGUUGUAUAGAUACUGUGGCCUUGAGCAAAUAUCAAAAUGAAUUCCGGUGAUACUGUCAGACAUAAACUAAUGCCUUUAGUUAAGAGUGGAAAAGUGCCUUACACUCGCCGUGUGUAUUAUGCAGAAAAAGAAAAGGCAGAAAGGCUGGACACUGUUGACAGGGAACUCGAAUUGAUUGAGAACAACUUAAAAAAGAACGACAUAGACAUACCUGAAAAUGGAGAUUCAGGGGAAUCUCAACCAGACUGCGCCGUACAAAUCAAAGGAAAGGGAAAGAAAACAAAGAUUUUUAAAACCAUUAAAUACCCAUUUCAGUACUAUGACAUUAUUUUUGCCGUGUUUUCAAUCAUUCUGUUCUUUUAUGAUGUUGUGUCAGAUGUUCUGUUGGCUGUACACUACUAUGCACUUGAUAGAUGGGUUGCAUUUGGAUUCACGACUGGGUUUAUUGUGUUGCCAGCUCUGAUAUCAAAUGGACAAAGUGCUCGGUGGUAUUUGGUUGACUAUGAGCAGGAGCAGAAAAAACUGUCAAAGAAACCAAAGACUGAGGUUACCCCAUUCAGGAUCUGGGCUUUAAGAAUUUUCUUCACGUUUCCGCUGAUGUUGGGACCAGUUGUAAGACAUUCUGAAUUCAUUUACCACGGCAUCAAGAGCAAGUCAGGUAGUGAUGCAACAGAAAAAGAAAGAAAGAAGAAAUGGCAUCAUUAUAAACAAAUGCUGUAUGAAGAUACUGAUGCUGGCUUGGUUCGCAUGUUUGAAUGCUUUCUGGAGGCUGCUCCACAACUUGUCCUUCAGCUUUUCAUCUUGUUUAGAGAAAUUAUUGAGAAUGGUGUGGAUGGGAACAAUGAUCUAGUAGAGCAUGGGCAUAUGAAAAUCAUUCGAGUGGUUGCACUGGUUGGAUCUUGGAUAGGCCUUUCCUUCAGUCUGACUUCCUACCACAAAGCACUUAGAGCCAUGCAACACUCGGAACUCCACGAAAAGUACGUCAGUAAAGAAGACCAGUCCGAAAACCACAAGCCAAAGAAACAAAGCCUUCUGGCCACACUAAUGCUUACCAUCGGGUAUUUCUCUUGGAGGAUGUGCGAGAUUGGACCAAGGGUGCUUAUUUUGGCCUUGUUUGCUUCAAAAUUUACCUAUUUCGUACUUGUAGCUGCAGCUAUUCAUUGGAUUAUUAUGACUCUGUGGCUGCUUUGUCAGAAGACUAGUUUCUAUGGUGAGAAGAGGAGAGAUGAGGUUAUCUUUAACAUUAUCCUGGGAUAUGCCAUGAUCUUUUGUUUCCUGAAUGCUAGAGAUGGUCAUACAAGGUACAGAGCAAUUGUUUACUACAUUCUUUUCUAUGCUGAAAACAUUUUCAUGCUUGGAAUGCGGUUGCAUUUUGGGAGUGAGAAGGAAGACUGGCUUUAUUUCACUGCCAUUGGAGCAGUAGCAGGAGGUUGUGUGUUACAUAUUGUUAUCCAACUUAUUUACUACAAGACCUGCCACCCCAAGGCAUCAGACAUCAAGAUUUUUCUCCACCCUACUGAGCAGUACAAUUGCUACCAGUCCAUCUGCCAUACACUAGACCAAGAUGAGGACCAGUCAAGUGCAGCAAAUGCUAUUUAGUGCCUUAUUGAUUCAACGCAAGAACCAGACUAUAACAGUAGACAUUGUUGCAAGUUUCAGCAUGCGCAAUUCAGUAAUGACAUGACUUUAGUUUUGUAUGAAUUUCCCUAAAGUAACAAAGAUUAAUUAUUCAUGUCAGUUAGAAUUUACUGUUCUGUUAUAAUAAUUAAUUUAUAAUAUAUAAUUUAAAAGCACAUACUUCACACCAAUGCAGCAUUUCUGCAUUCUAGUCUCUCAUUGUAUGGAAUUACAUAUUUGUUGUGCUGUUUUAAAAAAUUUGCACAUUUAUUGUAAGUCUCUAACAGUACAUUUUGUAAACAUUUUCGAAAAAAGGGGAAGCAGUUUCUUAACAUGAUUCACUUUUUAAAUUUCAUUGUUACACAAAAGCAUGAUAAAAGUUGAAAAGACUUUGAGCCUCCAUGACAUAGAUUUGACUGCUGAUCUGUAUAGCUAUACAAGUACCAUACUUCAGUACUGAGGUGGUAUCCCUCAUUUUGGAUGAACUGCACAAUCACAUACACAGUGCUGUUAUUGACUUAGAGAGGGAACAUGUUGAAUCCUAUUUGUGUGUAUGUGUGUUAGUGUAUAUAUAUAUGAAUUUAUCUUUCAUAGUUCCAUGGACCAAAAUAUUGUUGAUUUUGUAUUGUUGAUAUUUUACAUGGAGUAUGUGACGUAGCACAAUGAAACUUGUAGACUUGUUAUUACAAAAGUUACCGGUAAUUAUCUGAGUAAAACAAUCAAUGGUAAAUUUAAAUCAUAAAAUCUCACUGUCAUUGUUCAAGGGUGAAACUGUUCUGAACAUUGUCCUGUACACUAGUUUUCUGGUCAAUAUAUCAUGAACCCUUUGCUGAACAGGCAUCAAACUUGGUAAUGGUACUUAGGUACCUUAUUCUGUUGGCAUUAAAAAAAGAAGUCUUGUCCAUCUUUAGUCAUGGAUUCAAAGGUCAAGCUCCUCUUUUGUUCUGUCCCUAAGAACAAUUUGGUUGUUUGCUCAGAAUGUCAUCCUUUUCGAUACUGAUGAAAGGGAGGUACAUAUAUAUUUUUAGAAACAAUUUCCUUUAAAUAUUUUCAAUUACCAGUUGUACUUUUUUGUUACAUAGUUACUCAAUUAUAUAGUUUUCUUACAAUAAGGAGCUUACCAUGCUUGCUGCCACAUGUCUAAAGAUCCAUUCACCAAUCUAGUCUUCUCCUAGUGUUCCCAGUGUACUCCUAGUGUUCCCAGUGUACUCCUAGUGUUCCCAGUGUACUCCUAGAGGUCCCAGUGUACUCCUAGAGGUCCCAGUGUACUCCUAGUGUUCCCAGUGUACUCCUAGAGGUCCCAGUUUACUCCUUGUGUUCCCAGUUUACUCCUAGUGUUCCCAGUGCACUCCAAGUGUUCCCAUUUGUAUCUAUACCGGUACAUGUAGGUGCUGUUUGUGACCGUUUUAUUAUUGCCAAAAGUAGUCGGAGACUAUUAUACAUAUCUCGAGUCCCAGUUGUCUACCCAUACAGUAGUGUUCAGAAUCAUGCAUGCACAAGUUUUAUGUGAUGAACAAAAUUUUUCAUCCAUUUCACAUACUAUUACACAUUUUGUGCGACCUGAUAAAUUUAGAAACUACGAUAUUAUAUAUGUACGGUAUAUUCAAUUUAAUAGUUGUACUAUGAUUAGCUUAGAAGUCUGCAUGAUCAAUUUUCAACAAGAUCAUGUACCUUAUCUGUUUAAGUAAUGAAAAUUAAAUAAUUUCCUAUUUAAGUUUAUUUGCUACAUGUACUUUAGUAGUCUAAUUCUUGAAUGUUAAUUACACUGCGGGCCUGUGUUACUGGUUGCUUGAUUUAAACCUAUCCCAUCUUAAAUGUGCCUUUUUAAGCUUUGCACGGUUCAGAAUAAUUUAAUUGUAGAAUGGUGCACACAUUUUGUAAAAAUGUUACAUUACUUUUCUCAGGAUUUGUUAAUUCUUUGCAUUAUUUAUAUCUAAUGCAUCUUUUUUUCUUAUUUUCUGAAAGAUUUUGAAAUAAAUUGUUUGACACUCAA